AGAAGGAGGAGGAGGAGGAGCAGGAGGAGGAGGAGGAGGACAAAAAUCCCCCCAGAUCCGGGCAGGCAGUGUUUUCUGGUUUUAUUUUUGACACUCAGGCCCCGCACCCCACAUCCCGUCUUGCUUUGAGAGGAGGAGAAAAGAGAAAUAAACGUGGCAGCGCAAAUAAGAGCCAGCGGGGAGGCCGGCAAAAGGUUUGUCUGCCUUUGGGGCUUUGUUCAAGUACAAGAAAAGAGAAAACUGCUCCUGAUCCCAGGAGAUUGGUCCUGCUUGGCUUGCAGCCUCUUGCAGAACUUGCAAGCCUAAGCUGAAUAACCUUGGCCAGACGAGCACACAUCUACUUGGGCAAGCCAGUUCUACACCCUGGAUCAGAAAAUCACGCCAUCUCUACCAUGAGCCGAGUUCGGGAUGCUGGCUGCGUAGCGGCGGGGAUCGUGAUCGGAGCUGGUGCCUGGUACUGUGUCUACAAAUACACCAGGGGAAGAGACCAGACAAAGAAGAGAAUGGUCAAGUCCAAGAACCGGGCUAUGGCUGGGACUGGAGUCAGAGCUAGAGCAGGGCUAAGGGCUGGAUUCACGAUUGACCUUGGGCCAGGAUUUAGUCCCCCAACCCCAGUCCAGGCUGGGACAGAGAACAGGAGCCAGGAUGAAGCUUUUGCUCUGGACGUGGCUGGAGCUGAAGCACUGGCCCCAGCUGUACCCAGUGCUGAGGCUCAGAGUGGGGCAAGAAGUCAGGCCCAGGAGGCAGAUGUGCCCAGGGUUGGCCCUAAGGCUGAAUCAGAAGUCAGGGAUGCAGUGGAUUCUGCAAUUGCAUCACCUUCUGGGGUGGCAGAGGCUCCCACAGCUGCAGAGGCCCCUGCAAUGUCAGGGACUCCCAAAGUAGCAGAAGCCCCCAGCACAGCAGAAGGUCCUGGGGCAGCAGUGCCUACCGAGAGGGCAGCACCCACUGAGGCAGCUGAGGCUCCUAGGGUGGCAGUGCCUACUGAGGUGGCAGGGGCUCCAGGAGUGUCAGCACCUUCAGAAGCAGCUGAGGCUCCCAUGCCCACAACACCUACUGGGGCAGCUGUACCUACUAGGGCAGCAGCACCUACUGUGGCAGCAGCACCUACUAAGGCACCUGCAUCUACUGGGGCAGCAGCACCUACUGGGGCACCUGCACCUACUAGGGUAGCAGCACCUACGGGGGUACCUGCACCUACUAGGGUAACAGCACCUACUGGGGUACUUGCACCUACUGGGGCAGCUGCACCGACUGGGGUAGCAGUACCUACUGUGGCAGCUGCACCAACUGGGUUAGCAGCACCUACUGGGGUAGCUGCACUGACUGGAGCUGCAGAGGCUCCUGGGACUUCAGGGUCUCCUAGGACAGUGGCAGUUCCUGGAGCAGCAGCUGCCAAGAAAGCAACCCCUGGGGCUCAUACAGGAGCUAUACCUAAGGCUGGGGCAGCAGCUGGAGCUGUACCCAAAGGUGGAGCCAAAGGUGGAGCCAAAGGUGGAACCAGGUCCCGGAAUGGGGGAAAGGGGAAGGGCAAGAAAAACAAGGUGGAAGUAGAUGAACUCGGAAUGGGCUUCCGCCCUGGAGAUGGGGCUGCAGCUGCUGCUGCAGCCUCUGCUAAUGGGGGACAAGCCUUUCUGGCAGAAGUCCCUGACUCUGAGGAAGGGGAGUCCGGAUGGACUGACACAGAGUCAGAUUCAGACUCUGAGCCUGAGACCCAGCGUAGAGGGAGGGGUAAACGACCUGUUCCCAUGCAGAAGCGCCCCUUUCCUUAUGAAAUUGAUGAGAUUCUGGGUGUUCGAGAUCUCAGGAAAGUCCUUGCCUUGCUUCAGAAAUCAGAUGAUCCUUUCAUCCAGCAGGUAGCUUUACUCACUCUGAGCAACAAUGCCAAUUAUUCAUGUAAUCAAGAGACAAUUCGCAAAUUGGGAGGCCUCCCAAUUAUUGCAAACAUGAUCAACAAAACUGAUCCUCAUAUUAAGGAAAAAGCCUUAAUGGCCAUGAAUAACCUGAGUGAGAAUUAUGAAAAUCAGGGAUGGCUUCAGAUAUACAUGAACAAAGUGAUGGAUGAUAUUAUGGCCUCUAACCUGAACUCAGCAGUACAGGUAGUUGGACUAAAAUUUUUAACAAACAUGACUAUUACUAAUGACUACCAGCACCUGCUUGUCAAUUCCAUUGCAAACUUCUUCCGUUUGCUAUCUCAGGGAGGUGGAAAAAUCAAGGUUGAGAUAUUGAAAAUACUUUCGAAUUUUGCUGAAAAUCCAGAUAUGCUCAAAAAGCUUCUCAGUACCCAAGUGCCAGCAUCAUUUAGUUCCCUCUAUAAUUCUUACGUGGAAUCAGAAAUUCUUAUUAAUGCUCUUACUCUGUUUGAGAUCAUCUAUGACAAUCUCAGAGCAGAAGUGUUCAACUACAGAGAAUUCAAUAAAGGUUCCCUUUUCUACUUAUGUACUACAUCUGGAGUGUGCGUUAAGAAAAUUCGAGCCUUAGCAAAUCACCAUGACCUCUUGGUGAAAGUGAAAGUUAUAAAACUAGUGAACAAAUUCUGACUGGCUAUGUGCUUUCAAACAAAUGGAAGAAAUGUCUUGGUUUUGCAGUCUGGAGGCAUUGAAAAUUGAAAGUUACUACUUUCCCCCUUGCUCAUAUAGUAAAGGGAUCCUUUCAGCUGCCAGUUUUGAAUAAUGUAUCAUCCAAAGUGAUGUUAUCUGUGACAGUCACCUGCUUUAAGCUGAACCAUUUUAUGAAUACCAAAUAAAUAGUCCUCUUGUACUGAAAA